UUUAAGCUGCUUGACCCGACACUGCCCAUCGUUGGAAAGGAAAAGAAAUUGGGCACUAUUUUCAAACUUUUCGAGCAGCAGAACGUUGGAAUAGUGACAGAUAAGUGGAUUGUGACGGAUCGGACUAUGUUGGAUCCCAAGAGCUAUGAUUUCGACGAAAAAGCUGCUUCAAUCAUAUUGGAUAACCAGGAAAUUGUGCUCUACGUUGAUCGUGAGAGUAAAACAUCUAUUUCCGAGCAGGGCUUUAAGCUUAAAUACUGCUUUUGGCGCCUACAAUUUACAUUCUUUUAAAUGUAUUUGUUUAAAACCUCCACUUCGUGGUUUAAAAAAUUAAAUCCGAAAAAUAAUUAAGGAACGAACAAAAAAAAA